AUGAAGCAAUUCCUUAAAGCCAUGCUCACGGAAAAUGAAGCAGUCGACAAGUUCUUCCAAGACAUGACGAAAUUUGGAGGUGCAAUGUAUUUCCUUGGCACCCAUUAUACAGUGAACAAGACACUUUUAAAUAACCUUGAUGCAUAUGCAUCUAAAGGGCUCGAAACAUUCUGUCCAGAGAUGACAGAAUUCAAAGCAAAUCCGACUGUAAAAGGCAUGCGAACCCCACUGACGAAGACAUGUACGACAAGUGCCGCAGUAACACAUCAUGGUGUAAAAAGGAAUUUUGCAGCAUUGCUCGAAUCUGACGACGAGGAAGAGGAACAACAAACACCACCAGCUGCACCUGCACCGGAAAAGCCGAAAGGAAAAAGCAUAAGAAAAAUAAGAAAAUCAUUAAAAGAAAAUUUUCUAAGUUGGUUGCAAAGUUAA